UUAUUCAAUAGGUUAAAGCAUAUCCAAAUCAAAAAAUAGAAAAUAUUCUUAAAAUAUAUGGAAUAUCUCAAGAUCCAAAUACAAAAAAUUAUAUUAUGGUUUUUGAAUAUGCUGAAGGAGGAAGUUUCGAUAAUUAUUUAGAUAAGAAUUAUGAAAGUUUUGAUUGGUUUAAUGGAUUAAAAGUGUUAACUAAUAUUAUUAAUGGCCUUAGUGAGAUUCAUCAAAAACAGAUGGUUCAUCGUGAUUUUCACAUAGGAAACAUAUUGAUUACAAAGCAAGAAAUUUUAAAUGAUUUUCACAUUUAUUCCUCACACGAAAAUAAUAAUGAUAAUGAUAAUAAUUAUAAUGCAUGUAUAUCUGAUAUGGGAUUAUGUAGAAAAAUUGAUGAUAUUGACGAAGCAAGUAUUUAUGGAGUUAUGCCAUAUGUAGCUCCUGAAGUAUUAAGAGGAAAACCUUAUACUCAAGCAGCAGAUAUAUAUAGUUUUGGUAUGGUUAUGCAUUUUGUAGCAGCUGGAAGACAACCUUUUGAUGAUUGUGCUCAUGAUCAGGUUUUGGUAUUAAAUAUAUGUAAUGGGAUUAGACCUGAAAUCAAUGAGAAAAUUGCGCCAAAAUGUUAUAUUGAUUUAAUGAAAAGGUGUUGGGAUUUAAACCCAGAAAAUAGACCAAAUUCUAUUGAAGUAAAAGAAAUUAUUGAAUUAUUUUAUAAUUCAUUAGAUCAAAAAUUCAAGAAAAAUAAACAACACUACGAAAUUGAAGAACAAUUUAAGAAAACACAAGAAUAUAGAAAAGAAAAUCUCUUAUCAAUUAAAAAUAACAACAAAUCAACAACUCAUGUUCAAGCUAUUUAUACAUCUCGAUUACUUAAUCCCUUUACAAAAAAUCUUUUCAGUAAUAGUACGGUAGAAAUUACUGAUUUUACGGAAUAAGUUUGUUUUUUAUUACCGGGCAUCUAGUAUUUUUUUGCCGUUUAUAAACUAUGUAACCAGUAUGAUAAGCUAUAAUAGUUAUAGUUUAAUUGAAUAGUUACAAUUUAUUGAUUUUUAUUGGUUUGCUAUUAUUAUAAUGCAUCUUAAUACUAAUAUUUAUAGUUACAUUACAAUUAGUGAUAUGAACUUACAUUCCCUUCAAAUAAGAAGAAGAAAAAAGUUUUAUCAAGCUAAC